CCAUAAACCUCCACAGGCUCCAUGGUGCAAAAGAGGAAAUGAAUAGCAAAUAUCAGUUUUCAUACAAUUAGCAAAAAAAAAAAUCUUCCCAAAAGUGUGAAGAGAAGGAGGCAUGGUGGUGGUAAAGUUGGGUGGUGCACUGAUUGAUGCUGAAUGCAGAGGAGACGUAAUCACACUUAAUGAACAGAAGUUUGCUACAAUCAUGUUGACAUACAAAUGGUUCUACCAAAUGACUGUAAAAUGCAAUCUCCCCGUCAGGUUUUAAUGAAAAAAUUAAAAAUAUUGCUUACCAGUUAAAAAUCAGUCUAAUUCUUAAACAAUGACAAGAUUAGUGUAAGCAUCCCAACAAGCCAUGUGAGAACACAAACUGCAGUCUUUCCUGAGAGCAAGUUAAAUCAAUUCUAUCUAAAUCCAAAUGGCAGUAGAGAUGGCUUUAAACUGUAUUAGGUCAGUGUUCUACCAGUGUUUCUUUAUUUUUAAGCUGUAAGACUUUUAAGCUGUAAAUUAAAGGAUCACUGUUUUGUUUUAUGUUUUACUUGUUAAGUGUGAGAAGGCAUCGCUUGUGGAUUUGGGGACAGCACCAGCUACUAUGUAGCUUUUGUGUAUAUCGAAGCAUCUCCUGGCAUUUAAGGUUAUGAAAUGAUACCUUCUAUACAGUGGCAAAGUCCAGAGAAAACUAAUGAAAAAUGAUUAAAAGGUUAGAAAAUUAGACAUAGGGAGGAUGAGACUUUCAUCAGCAGUUACUCAGGGGGACACUAUGAAUAGGGGACCAUACACAUGAAAAGAAAACAUGGCUUGGACAUUACAAAUCAUGGUGAAAACAGCCUGGCCAAUAAUUAUAGUUCGGCAAAGACUCUUAGAUCUUUCUCAUGUUCUCGCUAGUCCAGGUACUCAAGUGCAUUCAGUCAAGGAGGGAGGAAGCGGAGCUCAUAUUCCAGCCAUGGUCGCCCAGGCUCUGAGAAUGUGCUGCUUGAACUAAGGAAGCUUGGAUCUGUUGAGAGGAAGAAUUUAAUGGUAAACCUGACUCCCUCUUUUUUAAUGAUGGCCAGCGAAAAAUCGACUUUGUUCUAGUGUAUGAAGAUGAAAGCAGAAAAGAGAACAAUAAAAAGGGUUCAAAUGAAAAACAAAGGGAUGAGAAACAUCUGAGGUGUUUGUUGGCUGAGGAAUAAGAGCAUUGAAGAGACAAAGAGAAGGUAUUGCUGAAACAAACAUGAAAAGAGAGAAAAAGACAAGCAUAUGAAUCUAAUCUCAUCUGUGAUGGCCUGCAGCUAGAAGCAACUAGAUCCGUUUUGGAUGAUAAACUUGUAUUUGUGAAAGUACAUGCACCUUGGGAGGUGUUAUGUACGUAUGCUGAGAUAAUGCACAUCAAAUUGCCUCUGAAACCCAAUGAUCUGAAAACCCGGUUGUCAGCCUUCGAUAGUUUCAACUGGUUUACCAAAUUCCUCCAAGUGGAUGAAACUCUCAUCAAGCCGGAACAAGAGUUUUUCACUGCCCCAUUUGAGAAGGACCGGAUGAAUGAUUUUUAUAUUCAUGAUAGAGAUGCCUUCUUCAAUCCAGCCACCAGAAGCCGCAUUGUUUACUUCAUCCUCUGUCGGGUCAAGUAUCAAGUAACAGGCAACAUUAGCAAGUUUGGGAUUAAGAAGCUUGUAAGCUCUGGCAUCUACAAGGCAGCUUUCCCUCUCCAUGAUUGCCAAUUCAACCACCAGUCAGAGGAUCCCAGCUGCCCUAAUGAACGAUACCUUUUGUACAGGGAAUGGGCUCAUCCUCGAAGCUUGUACAAAAAGCAGCCCUUGGACCUUAUCAGGAAAUAUUACGGAGAGAAGAUUGGAAUCUAUUUUGCUUGGCUGGGUUAUUACACUCAGAUGCUUCUCCUGGCAGCAGUUGUAGGAGUGGCUUGCUUUCUCUAUGGAUAUUUCAAUCAAGAUAACUGUACAUGGAGCAAAGAAGUGUGUAAUCCUGAUAUAGGUGGCAACAUCAUAAUGUGUCCUCAGUGUGAUAGGCUUUGUCCAUUUUGGAAACUCAAUAUUACUUGCGAGUCCUCAAAGAAAUUGUGUAUCUUUGACAGCUUUGGAACCCUAGUCUUUGCAGUAUUUAUGGGCGUAUGGGUUACCUUGUUUUUGGAGUUUUGGAAACGGCGCCAAGCAGAACUUGAAUACGAAUGGGACACUGUUGAAUUACAGCAGGAAGAACAACCCCGGCCAGAAUAUGAAGCACGGUGUACUCACGUGGAGAUAAAUGAGAUUACCCAGGAAGAAGAGCGUGUUCCCUUUACUACCUGGGGAAAAUGUAUACGUGUAGCCCUCUGUGCAAGUGCUGUCUUAUUCUGGAUCCUAUUGAUCAUCGCUUCAGUUAUUGGGAUCAUUGUCUACAGGCUCUCAGUGUUCAUUGUAUUUUCUGCACAACUUCCCAAGCACUUUAAUGGAACAGACCCAAUUCAGAAGUAUCUGACUCCACAGACAGCCACAUCUAUCACUGCUUCCAUCAUCAGCUUUAUCAUUAUCAUGAUUCUGAACACCAUAUAUGAAAAAGUGGCAAUCAUGAUUACUAACUUUGAACUCCCAAGGACCCAGACUGAUUAUGAAAACAGCCUAACUAUGAAGAUGUUCUUAUUCCAGUUUGUCAACUACUACUCUUCAUGUUUCUACAUAGCAUUCUUUAAGGGCAAAUUUGUGGGUUAUCCAGGAGACCCAGUAUACUGGCUGGGAAAAUACAGAAAUGAAGAGUGUGAGCCAGGCGGCUGUCUCCUUGAACUGACAACUCAGCUGACGAUAAUCAUGGGAGGAAAAGCAAUCUGGAAUAACAUACAAGAAGUAUUACUUCCCUGGAUCAUGAAUCUAAUCAGACGGUACCACAGAGUUUCAGGAUCAGAAAAGAUAACGCCACGAUGGGAACAGGACUACCAUCUGCAGCCCAUGGGCAAACUUGGAUUAUUUUAUGAAUAUCUUGAAAUGAUUAUUCAGUUUGGGUUCGUCACCUUAUUUGUGGCCUCUUUUCCACUGGCACCUCUGUUGGCUCUGGUGAACAAUAUAUUGGAAAUAAGAGUGGACGCGUGGAAAAUGACUACCCAGUAUAGACGCAUGGUGCCACAAAAAGCCCAGGACAUCGGCGCAUGGCAGCCCAUCAUGCAAGGGAUAGCAAUUCUGGCUGUGGUGACCAAUGCCAUGAUCAUUGCUUUCACGUCAGACAUGAUCCCCCGCCUGGUGUAUUACUGGUCCUUCUCCGUCCCUCCCUAUGGGGAGCAUACCCACUACACCAUGGAUGGGUACAUCAACAAUACUCUCUCCAUCUUCAAUAUCAUGGACUUCAAAAGCGAAAGACGGGAAAAUCCAUACUCUGGACUUGGCAACCAUACCACAUGCAGAUAUCGUGAUUUUCGAUAUCCUCCUGGACACCCACAAGAGUAUAAACACAACAUCUACUAUUGGCAUGUGAUUGCAUCUAAACUGGCUUUUAUCAUUGUCAUGGAGCAUGUCAUCUACUCUGUGAAAUUUUUCAUUUCAUAUGCAAUUCCAGAUGUAUCGAAGAGCACGAAGAGCAAGAUCAAGAGAGAAAAAUACCUAACCCAAAAGCUCCUUCGUGAGAAUCACCUCAAAGAUGUGACAAAGAACAUGGGGGUUAUAGCUGAGAAGAUGAUGGGAGUAGUAGAUAACAAUUUACGACCAAAAUCAGAAUAAGAGCUUUAUGUUCUGAGAAGCACUUUAAAGAAUUUAGCCGUCAAAAUAUAUUGUGAAUCACUAAUGAGAAUGUUUAAGUUAAAUCACUUUGGCAAAUACGAGUCUUAACUAUUGCCAUUUCCAUGUAGAUUAUUUUUCAGUUUCAGUUAGCAGUGCAGGAACUGGAAAAUGUACACUUAGAUCAAGGGCGGCAUAAAACUAAUCACCUGGAAAACCUAAAAUGAUACUUUUUUUUAUAUAAAUUGGAAUUUUAGUAACACAGAAAAGUCUCUUAGUGUGCUUAAAACCAUCCCUUCUAAAGCAGAAUGAAUUCUUUUUUUUUUUUUCCUCUCUCUCUCAAUUUGAUUACUCUUCAUUCCUUUCUGCUCUCAAGCAUAUGAUCAUCUUUAUUUUUAGGCAGUUUUCAUUUCUUCACUUUGCCGGAUCUGU